AUGUAUUCGAUAGAGUCCGCACACCAGCAUGCCAUCUCGGGAUUUAGGCCCGAUGGCACAAACAGGCACCAAACGCCACUGAUGGCCAAUCCAGAGACGCUUGUGCUGGUCAUGGAUCACUUAGUGCAGAUUCCAUUCCUUACGUUCCAAGGCCAGACUUCGGCUUUCGCGCAUGCUCAGAUUCUCUCCACCGUGAACUUCAUGGAGGAUUCCUCAAGCAAGUCGGAUGAUACACCUACAUCUGUUUACCCCGCCAUCCUCUCCCAUCCCGAGCUGGAACGCCAAAUUCGAGAACUACUUUCGCUGGACAUCCAGGAUUUGAAGUUUACAGAGUUUCUCGCAAGAAUCCAUGUCCUGAUAGCCGUUGUAUUCGCCUCGGUCUUUUCACUCCAGUCGAGUGGAAAUACCCUUGCUGACUUUCCACUCCUUGACCAUGCCAUCAAACUCCUCCAUCGCUGGGAACAGCAUUUCAAGAUACAUCUCCCAGAACAUCUCAGCAGUGACCUUUCACCAUGGCAAGCAUGGGUGAUAGCUGAAAGCUGUCGGCGCACGUUCCUCGCUCUACAAUGGAUAACGGGCAUGGUCGAGCUCUGCCAAUCUGGCUAUUGCUCCUACCAACCUUUCGUGGAAUCCCUACCGUUUGAUGCUCGGACAGGACUAUGGGAAGCGGAGACCGAAGCAGAGUGGAAUUCUGCGCUCGAAGCUCAUCGCAGAAUAGAACUGGACCCGAACUCGUCUACAGCGAAUAAACCUGCCGAGUCCAGCCUCGUCUCAUGGUGUGAGUUCAUCGAAAGCGCGGGGCCAUCUCCCAGACCGCGCUUCGACGGCAUGCUCCAGAGACUUCUCCUGGUCGCAUACUAUGGCAAGGAGACCCAGCUUCCAGUGGACCUGCAGGCCUCCUCACACCCGAAGUUCCGCAUGCCUGACAACAUCACGCCAGCCUAA